AUGGCGCCCAAAAUUCCCUCCGCGAAAAUCACCCUCUCCUGCCCUCUGUUCGCUGCCGAUUUCGACCCGCGCAAUCAUGCAUUUCUUCUUGUUGCCGGCGGCGGCGGCGAAGGCCGAAGCGGCGUGGGCAACAAGAUUUUUCUAUUGAAUGCGUUCAAACGCCACGAACUGAGUGAGGUUGUCGACGUCGAGCUCUCACGCGAUGAGGACUCCGUAACCUCGCUCGCUGCGGCGCAGUCAACCGAUACCUCAAUAGUCACCUUUGUCGGUAUCAACAGCUCCCUCGCAUUGCAAAAACAAAAUCAAAACCGGCACCUACGAUCCUUUCAUAUCGAUUAUCCUCCGCGACGCGCAGAUUCGGCUUCUUCGGGUUCCAAGCCCUCGAAGCCAGGGCAAACUGUAAAUCUGUCUCAGGAAUCGGUAUUCCGAACAGUGGCUGGGCCAAAGGGUUCCACAGACGUAUAUCAGCGAAUUACUCGGCUGUCGCCUUGGAACGGCGAGGGUGCGACUCGUGUCGCGGCGAUUACGACCGGAUUGGCUCCUUCGGGCGAGAUCGUCUUUCUCAAUGCCAACACGACUACCCCGGAAGAGGGCGAUGUUAUUGCCAGGAUCCGUCUGAAGAGUGACGAGGAAGCGGAGGAUAUCGACAUCGCCGGCCAAGACGAAGAUACGGGGUUGUUCACUGCGGCGUACACUAACGGGUUUGAUGUUUUUACAUGUCGCAUCUCGCCGGACCUUAGAUCCAACGCUGCGCCAGAUGUGCGAUGCGUGUAUAGCCCAGAAAAUACAAAGGGCAAGGGGCCACGGCCGAAGUUCCGUGCGUUGCGGUUCCUCUCACCUACGACGCUAUUGCUCUUGCAAAAUGCCCCGGACCGCAAGGGCUGCGAGCUUAUCCUUCUGGACCUACAGCCAACGAUAUCAUCACCCGCGUCACAGGCGAUAAUCCGUCAACGCAAACUUCGUAAAUCAAUCAAGAUUGGUUUGGGUCUUGACGUAUGCAAUCUCAGAUCCGAAUCACAGGACCAGCAACAAUCAAUCAUCGCCGUGUCCGGCAGUGAUCAGUCCCUUGAAGUCCUAACUGUUGACUUCAAUGCCAGCCGACAACACCAAACAGGAGCCGGUUACGGCCCCCUUCGGAUAUACAAAACUCUUCAUGACGUCCAUCCCUUUUCAAUGACAAAGAUAUGCUUUUCAAAUUUCAUUCCGCCGCUCAGCCCAGUCACUCCGGAGACACCCCCACAAUAUGUCAAGCUGGCCUCCGUAAGUAUGGGCAAUACUGUCGUUGUGCACACAUUCCCGCUAUCUCCGACGCCGCCGUCAAGUCGCAAUCCUCGCUACGUUCUCGUGCGGCCGGGCGGCUCCGAUUUCCUGAUGGAUCUUUCCGGUACUCUGGCUUCCGUCUUCUCCAUCGUACUCGUUGUCUUGCUUCUCCAGGCCUUUACCGAAAUUAGAGGAGUCAUGCCUCCAUACCUUGGUAUAACGGAUUAUUUACCACCUGAUCUCCGCACCAAGCUUGCAGUGCCCUAUAACGCUCCUCUCACUCCUCCUUCUCCCUCCUCGCCAAUCGUGCAAACUGAAAUACUCCCAAGCCCUUCGGCUGCGCCUGAAGAAUCACAGUCUCGUCUCCUCCGCGAUAUUAUCCCAAAUUCAGAUACAUCCCUUCUUAUCUCUUGCAACCCAUCAAACAACGACCUCGUCAUUGAGCCGCAUACCCCAAAGCUUGACUCCGAACUCCCGGAAGCGGACUCGGAAGCAGAGUCAGGCCCUGACCUAGACUCAAACUCGGCAUCCCAUCCCGCCCGACAAUGGACUGACCUCUCCAACGAGGACCGCAUGUCUUGGAAAACGCAUCUAAUCAACGCUGGUCUCUGGGAUCAGCAACACGAUGAAGAUGAAUCUAUCCUUUCCAGUGUCUUUUUCCGGGAGUUGUGCCCUCACCCUCAGCCCCAACCUAAUCCCGACGAAGAAAGCGAUACUGGCGUCGAUGAGAAAGACAAGUAA